AUGGUUUCUGAAGCCAGUGAUGAAGUUUCUCCAGUAUAUAUUCUAGAACCCUUGGAUGGAAAUCGGGCCGGGGCAUUCCUUCAAUACUUUGCACAUCGAGCCCUAGAAUUGGUUGAGGCCUCUCGACGGCAAGCGGAGGCGCAACCUCUGUAUCUCGCAGCUGCUCAAAAAGAGGCAACACACAGACAGGAGAUCCUCCGAAACAGGUCAAACUAUUCUGAAACUCCUAUUGAAAUUUCACCAGAUAAACUUGAUGUUUCUGCUACCCCAUCUUGUGUGCCUGUUAUUUCUGAAAAUUUAACUGCUUUGGAUUCCGAGAAGCCUCUUAUGAAUGUUGAUUCUUUAUCUCUGCCUUUGAGUGAAUCUGUUGUCGUUUACUCUUCUGAUAAUAUUGCUCUGCCUCCUGCUGAGAAUGUUGAUGACACUAAAGAAACUUGCUCUGUUAUUGAUACUCCUGUUUUACCUACUACUGUUGAAACUGUUGAUUUAUCAAGCCCCCACAAGUAUGAGAAAACAGGUGGAAUUCCUGUUUACACUGCAACAUCUUUAGGAGAGAGUCUGGAACAUGUGCGACUCUUUGCUGGGCUACCAUCUGAUUCCAUCCCUCAACCAUAUCGAGUGAUUCAUCCUUCCGAAUCCUCAAGUGAAGAUGAUAAAAUACUGGCUAAAGUGUAUGGAUCUCAAGCACUUCAAUCUGAUGUUCCAACUGUUGAGUCCCCAACCAAGGAAACAAGACGGUCAAAAAGGAAGAAUGUCCCAGUAAAGGUUGUUGUUGAGACCGGUGAUGAUAAUGCUGAUGUGGAUCAGCUUGAGAAGAAGAAAAACUCGACCCUUUCUGUCAGAAAAGGGAAGCCAUCCACACGAUCAAGAGGUCGAAGUAUCACCCCUGAGGUCCCACCUGUUGAAGAAACUGACCCAUCUGUUUACCGGCCUCAGUUUGUAUCUCCUGCUGCACAGACCAAAUGGGCCACUAUGGUUAGAAGGGAUCUUAUUGUUCAAAGAUCGGUGGACGAGAACCAGCUGAACUCCGUUUGUGACAUUCUGCCCUUGCUGAAUGAAGUCGGAUUGUUGAAAACUGUCACGGACAUCUGCCCUUACUCUAAGCUGCUCACAUAUGAAUUCUAUUUCAAUCUCAAUGAUGAGAUUGACGUUCUCACAGGGCCACGACCGAUGCAGAUCUUUAUCAGAGGAAGGUGGUAUGUUUUUUGGCCGGAUAUGAUUAAUGAAUACUAUGGCUUGCCAGCAGUUCAAGAAGAAGCUGUUGCUGACUGGGACUUAGUUGCCAGAACUCUGACCGGUGGGCAGACAGAAUCAUGGCCUACGGGUGACAAGGACUAUCUGCAAAGCUCCCAUCUCACGUCCAGAUAUGUGAUUUUACACCGCCUAGCUCUUCACAACUGGCUCCCAUCAGCCCAUUUUCACACAGUUGGCAAGCUUCUGGCUGGGUUCUUAUUUCGAAUUGGAACAAAGAUGUAA